AUGAUUUUACAUCCAAAUCCACCUUUUAUUACAUCUUUAUUUUUAUCGAGAUGGGUCAUCUUUGAACAAAUUAUUAUUUUACGUCAACUUUUUAUUACCACAUUUAUCGCACUUUCUCAAAUUGGUCCGGUAUUAUUUCCUUCUGAUGAGAUAAUAAUCAGUCCUUCACUUGUGGGUCUUGAAACCCUUAGCAAAGUUGCGGCUACAGAAUCUAGAAAUCUACUUCGAACAAGCUUUCAGCCUUUUCAGGAAAACGUUACUGCACAAAAAGAAUUAGAGAAAAAGAUGGAGAAUUUAGUAGUAGAUGCUUUUUUAUAUCAAAAUGAUCCAGAAUUAACUCAGAC